AUGGGUUCUUUUAUUUCAUCUUUAAAUUUAGGUAUCCGUCUUUUCCUCGGACCUGAUCUUGACCGGGCUCGCAAUCUGGCUAAAGCCUUCAUCGCUAAGCUGUCAGAGUUGAUUGAUUGGUUUGAAACACAAACUCAAUUCGCCUUCUACGCCACUUCUCUGAUUCUGGCCUAUGACGCCAUACCAACACCAUUAUUUUCCAGCCCAGCUGUUUCUACUACUACUUCCUUUCCAACAACAAUCAGCCUUAAUCAGCUUUCUAGAGAUCCUUUGUCAGAAGAAGGAACAACUUCUAGGUUGUUAGUAGGUGACACAGGUUUGCCUUUCUCACAUAUGCCCAGUGCAGACAAGUCGAAUAAGAACGACGAUAUUACGUUAAGCCAUAGCCAUCGAGACAAGCAUAAGGACUUCCAUGUCUCUCCAAUCACCACUAAUAACUCACAUAUGGUAUCUAAAUCUCACUUGGUAUCGAGUCGUGAGAAUGUUGUUCUGCGUUGGGUCGACUUCACACACUGGAAUCAAGCCACGUGUCAGCGUGAUGAAAAUUUUUUAAGUGGGCUAUAUUCUCUGAAGCACUAUUUCGAGAGAGCUGCUCAGGAGACCUUCCCUUUGGCUACUGAGGCCUUUAAUCUCGACUCAGUGCGCAGACAACUGCCUAAGUGA